UAUCAAAACCACACACACAAAUUCACUGAUUCUUCUCUUCUCCAUCUCCAGUGAAGAAAUUUAACUAUAACGAAACACAAUGCCUUCUUCUUCAACUUGUGUUGUCUCCAAAUGCACCAUAUACCCAGAUCAAAAAUCAAGAAUCAAAACAUUAAGGCUUUCUGUUUCUGAUCUUCCUAUGCUCUCUUGUCAAUACAUACAGAAAGGCGUUCUUCUCUCAAAUCCUCCUUAUUCGUUUACCCAACUCAUUUCUUUACUCAAACAAUCUCUCUCCACCACUCUUUCUCACUUCCCUGCUAUGGCCGGCCGUCUCAUUACUAACUCUGAAGGCCAUGUCAGCAUCAUCUGUAACGACGCGGGAAUCGACUUCAUUGAAGCGAAAGCUACUUUUUUGAAUACUCAUAAUCUUCUGUCCCCGCUCGAUGUCCCUGAUUGUUUUAAAGAGUUCUUUACUUAUGACAGAACACUCAGUUACGCCGGCCACAACAAGCCGUUAGCCGCCGUUCAAGUAACCGAGCUGGCUGACGGUGUUUUCAUUGGCUGUACCGUUAAUCAUGCCGUUACUGACGGCACUUCGUUCUGGCAUUUCUUUAAUACAUUUGCUGAAAUUUGCAAAGGAGUGAAAAAAAUCUCGAAAUCUCCAGACCUUUCUCGUGACACCGUGUUUGACUCACCGGCCGUGCUGAAAUUCCCCGCCGGUGGCCCCAAAGUUACUUUCUCCGGCAACGAGCCGUUGCGGGAAAGGAUUUUUAAUUUCAGCAGAGAAGCUAUUUUGAAAAUGAAAUUCAGAGCCAAUAACGGAAUUUUGAAAAAUAAACCGGCAAAUUCCGAGAUUAUGGGGAAGCAAAGUAACGACAGUUGGAUAACCGUUAACGGAGAGAUAACGUCCGCUCUGGAGAGUUUAUUAAAAAACAAUUCAAACCGUACGGCGGAGAUUUCCUCGUUUCAGUCAUUAUGCGCGCAGCUGUGGAGGUCCGUGACACGCGUGAGGAAACUGGCGCCAAGUAAGACGACAACGUUCCGCAUGGCUGUGAACUGUCGACACAGGCUGGAGCCGAGACUGGACCCACACUACUUUGGCAACGCGAUACAGAGCAUCCCGACCUUUGCUCCAGCCGGGGAGCUCUUGUCACGUGACUUGUCGUGGGGAGCCGAUAUGCUACACAAGAACGUGAUAGCUCACGACGACGCUACGGUGCGGCGAGGUGUAGCGGAUUGGGAGAGGAACCCGAGACUGUUCCCGCUAGGGAACUUCGACGGUGCAUCAAUCACGAUGGGGAGCUCACCGAGAUUCCCGAUGUAUAAUAAUGAUUUUGGGUGGGGCCGACCUUUGGCGGUUAGGAGUGGUAGGGCCAACAAAUUCGAUGGGAAGAUCUCGGCGUUUCCUGGAAGAGAAGGAAACGGGAGCGUUGAUCUUGAGGUUGUGUUGGCGCCUGAAACUAUGUUGGGGCUUGAGAAUGAUUUGGAAUUCAUGCAGUAUGUUUCAUAAUGGGAUUUCUAUAAUAUUCUGAAAGCAAAUAUCAAGCCUUGAGCUUGAGUCUUUCUUUGUGUGUAAUCUAUCUGCUAUGAUUUUAAAUUAAAAGUUUGAUAUUUUUCAAAA